CUGGUGAAAAUCUUCGUUUCCGUGCGCACUACAAGCAAGCCGGUGCAGAACGACGCUCGUGCGCGUAGCUGCGCUGAGAGUGACAGUUACCAUGACAGCGAACAUCACGUGAGAUCCAGUCAGCCUCCUUCACUCGCACUUAUAAAGGAAGACGUCGUGUUCUGACACACAGAAGCUGGCCGUCCGCCCCGCCGCCGUCUUUUAAAGCUCGGAGUAUGAACCUCGUCUCCUCUGCAGACCAGUCUCUGCUCCGCCGUGUUGACCGGUCAGUCAUGCAGUCCUGCGGUUCUGCUCUCUGUGUCCUGAUCUCACUGAUCAUCACACUCACUGUUGGGUCUAAAUCGGCUGUUACUCCAGUGAAGGUGAACUAUAACGAGACGGCUACUCUGUCCUGCUCUGAGAGAUGCUCUGGUUUGGUCAGAUGGACUGUGUUCCACAAACGCAGUGACACUCUGGCUGAGUGUGAUCAGACUUCAUGUAGAUCAGUGAAGGAGGGAUAUCAGAUGAUCUAUGAUCAGUACCUGAAGGGGAAUCUCUCUCUCAUCAUCACUGACGCUGAUUUCAGUAAGAAACACAGGUACACGUGUCACUGUGAUGGGAAAGACGUCUGUGAUGUGAAUCUUCAGAUUGAGCCUUUAAAGACCACAGUUCAGAUAAGGCCUGGUGGAUCUCUGAUGCUGAAUUUGGACAUUCCAGAUCCAGUGGAGGUGAUUUAUAACAUCACAGGUGCAGCUGGACCAUCCAGCGGUCAGAUCUGUACAGUGGCUGGGCGAUCAACAAACUGUGAACCUGAAUACACACAGAGAGCAUCACUGACGUCGGCUCUUGAGCUGAAAGAAGUGACUCCAUCUGAUAGUGGAGUUUACACUGUAAUGGACAAAAGGAAUGAAGAUGCUGUUCAUGUCUUCACAGUGACUGUCAAAGGUGAUGGUGAUGAUUCUGAAGCACAGGGACAGACUCGUAGGCGCUCUCGACGCGCUGCUCCAUCAGAUUGUGAGCCGUGCAGUUGCAAAGAUCAGGAAGCUGCUCUGCCUGGGUGGAUGGUUCCUGUGCUGAUUGUGCUGGCUGUGGCAGUGGCUGUGCUUCUUCCUGCAUGUGUGAUAUUGGUGGUGAAGAUCAAACAUCUGAAGAGUAAAGACCAGCUGCAUCCAGAAGAACCUCAUAUGAAUGGAAAUGCUAACCAGGUUCCAAUGAAUGGAUGGCCUAAUAACAGAAGAGAAGAACAGCAGAGACUGGCAGAGCCCAGUAAUGACCAACAAGUCUGAGAUGAUUCUUAAUCUUUGCUUUUCUUUUUCUUGCUCUCUUGUUUUUACAUCCCUAUGUAUGUGAGAGUGGUUACUUCUAUGCAUCAGUGUGAAGAGUCCAGCACUUACUGCUGUUCAUGAACCUGUCUUUAGAAGUUUUUACUAAAACUCUCAACCCCUUAACAGGCCAAAGUUUUGAUGUCUGUAGGUCAGAAGCGUGAGCUCAAUCUUAAGUGCUCUUUGACUGCCAAGAUCUUAAUCCAGAUAUGCCUGGUAGCUUGGUAGUGUGAUGUGGUGGGAGGUCUAGCUAAUCUAGAAAAUGAAGAAUCAGAGGAGUGAAUGGAGUUGGAGUGCAGGCUGUUGACCAGUGUGGCUGAAGGACUGUUAUGGGCUGCAGAUCAUUCCUGAUUGGAUUUUUAAUUGUUUUUAAGUGCAGUAAACAAGCUUCAGAUACAUCUUCUCUCUUCCACUGCCCCUUUUACUUAUACAGAUCAAAGAAUAAGCUCCCUGUAGAUUUAUAUGGCACUGCACUUUUGAAUGGAAGAAGAAUAAUUUAUUACUUGAAUGAAUUUCAAUAGGCAUGUUUAGAUACACAACUACCUGAUGUUUGAUCAAAAAACACCUGUAAGGCUUUAUCCCUUUACUCAGCAUUUCAUCUCCCCACACAAAUGUCUGUUUUGCACAGCCAAUUAAUGGUUGGCCUUAAUCUGAAUUUCAGUCCUGCAGACGAGGGGAGAGUAAGAGAAUGAUUGUUAGCUGAAGUAUUUGUUAAGCGUCAAUUAAACUGCCAUAGGAGACACCAGCUUGUUUAUCACAUAAAAUAUAAAAAUGAAAACGGUAUAAUUUUGAUAUGCUAAUGUCUGCCAUUCAUGUCUUUGGUGUUAAAGUGAGCUGGUUGAUGGUGCCAUGUCCAGAUUGGGAUGAUUUUAGUAUUAAUCUAAUGCCAUAGGACAAAAAUAAGCUGUAAGAAGAACAAGCUGUAAAGGUGUAACGAUGCACUCAGCUCAUCGACACAAUGCUGGGCCUCACUAUUUUAAAUUAAAAUCAAAUGCAGAAAAUCAUGACUAAUCAUGACAGAGGUGGGAGCAGCGUAUGGUAUGAUAUGAAUAUGCUGGAGUGGGCGGUUCAUUGAGCUGAUAGUUCAGCAUUAUCUCAUGAUGGAACAUCUAUUCACCAAUUUUUAAUUUCAAAGUCAUGAAGUUUUGAUUUGUUGUUUCGGCUUUAGUGUUUAAUAUACUGCCAGUCCUUAAUUGCACGAUCAUCAUCACUCGUUACUAAAGCCGUCCUCCAUAAUCUUGUACUACUUGAAUCAGCCCAAGGAGGCGUAGGUUCAUAGGACCAGUGCUGAAAUAUGCAGCUUGGUGUUUGAGACGUGUUUGCUGCUGGCUCAUUUAUUUUAAGAUUGGAAUAAUGAAAGGAAAUGUGAGCAGUGGAUUUGUAUUGGUCAGUGAUAGAAGCAGGAGGUCCACAGUCACUGGAGCUAGAUUCAUCAUCUGCUGUGUUUUGUUAGGAUGAUCUUAAGCUUUCUGAAUGUAUGCUCCUAUCUUUCCUGCCUGAGGUUACAGUUCACCUGGCAGGUUUGGUGCAGGGAUUUUUUUUAAUGUUUGUUUUUAUGCCUGUAAAUGUCUUUUGUUUUUGCAGAGGGUGCUCAGUAUUAUGAAGUGUCUUUAUUUUCUGCCAAAGCUGUUUAUCUAUAAGAAGUUAAUGUUUUUAGGUUGCUUGUGUGAAUAUUUUGUUAUUGAUAUAGAAUUUCUGUCUAUGCUGUAGAAAUACUUUCUGUGCCUGCUUUAAUUUCAUUUGUAAUUCUGUGCUGUUUAAUGAGGCUGAAGUAAGACAAGGUAACACUUAUUAAGACUGAGUGCCUUAGGCCUGUUUCACACACUCACAUUGACUCCCUCUGUGUGGACUACAGGUCAGACACGCCUACAUUUGGCAGACGUUCUGAUUCAGAGUAAGUUACAUUUUGAUCAUUGUACACAGGGAGGUGAAGGGGCUGCUAGUGUAAACACAGCCAAGGUCUACACACAUCCAUCCAUUCCAGCUGGAUAACAGCCAAAUCAGCUACUUUGCAUACGAAAAAGAAGCUCUACCAAUGGUUGUGUAUGUAGCAUAAACUGGUACGUAAUGGAAGGAUAAAAUUCUUUUUUAUUCAUUGGUCCUCUCGUUCUUUGUUUCUAACGUGGGAAUAGAAAGCAAAAUAAAGUCGUUCAGAGCGUGUAGAGGUGAGUGUGUGUGAAACGGGUCCUCCACACCUUCCAGUUAUCUAUGCAGUAAAAUAUGAAUGCACACUUUUGUAGUUUUUUUAAAAAAAAUUUUUAUUAGCAGCCAAUUAAACUUUGCCUUUUAAUUUAAA